AUGUGGUGGCUUUGGUUGAUUUUGGUGCUUGCAGUAGUGGGACUUUCACAUUGCUGGAUUCUUCAACGACAUAGUUUUGCAAAACAUCUACCAACCAUGCAACCGUAUUAUCCUAUCAUUGGAAAUGGUCAGCUAUUUAUGGGCAAGUCGCGUGUGAAACUCUUCAACACAGUUGUGCAACCGUUUCAAGAGUUUGGCGGUUGGUUUAAAAUUUGGCUCGGUCCUAAGCUGGUCCUGUGCACAUCACAUCCAGACAUCAUGAACGCAGUGCUCACACAUCCGCAGUGUCUUGAAAAGCCGUUUUUCUAUGAUUUCAUGAAAGUGGAACAUGGAAUAUUUGCCGGACAUUAUCACCCAUGGAAGACUCAACGCAAGGCACUCAAUCCGGCAUUCAACACGCGUAUAUUGCACAGUUUUAUCCCCGUGUUUGUGAAAUAUUCGAAGCUGAUGGUUCAAAAUAUGGAGAAUAGCAUUGGCGAAGGUGCACAACGGUUAUCCAUCUUUCCCUUCAUAAGCAAGUGUUCGCUGGAGAUGGUUUGUGGUACUACGAUAGGGUGCGAUGUGUUGGAGCAACCUGGCAAGGAAACGUUCGUAGAAAAUUUGGACCGAUAUUUUGAACAGAUAGCGAAACGCAUGCUGAAUAUUCAUCACUAUAUAGAAAUUCUUUAUCGAUUUACUAAAGACUAUAUCGCAGAAACUGAGUGCCGUACUUCCUUUUACAGUUUCUGCGAGUCGGUAAUAGAAAAAGCCAAAUCACGUAGAGUUCAGACCAAUGAUGACUUUGCUGACGAAUGUGUGGAUUAUAAGCGACCACAAAUAUUUGCCGAUCAACUAUUGUCCGCGCAACACAAUGGGAAUCCUUUUACAGACAUAGAAAUCCGGCACAAUAUCUUUUCGAUGAUCGCAGCAGGAAACGACACCACAGCACUACAGGUUACGCACAUCUGUCUGUUUCUGGCCAUGUUUCCGGACGUUCAGGAGCGAGUGUACCGUGAGGUGCUGGAUGUCUUUCCUGACCCGGAACAGGAUAUUACGCCGGAGGAUCUGAUGCAGCUCAACUACAUGGAGCGCGUAAUAAAGGAAAGUCUUCGGCUAGCGCCAUCCGGACCAAACAUUGCACGGCAAACAAUGCAGGACAUAGAAAUAGCAGAUCUUCACAUUCCGAAGGGCAGUCUCAUAGCGAUGAGCAUUUUCUCAAUGCACCGUCGUAAAGAUGUUUGGGGACCUGAUGCUGACAUGUUUGAUCCGGAUCGGUUCCUACCGGAACGUAGCGUUGGACGGAAUGUAAACACAUUUAUUCCGUUCAGUGCAGGAUCGCGGAAUUGUAUUGGAUCGCGUUAUGCAAUGCUUGCUAUGAAAGUGAUGUUGUCAAGUUUACUGAGAAGGUUGCGUUUACGAUCGAACUUAAAAAUGAAUGAAUUAAAAUUUAGGUUCGAUUUAACCCUUAAGCAGGAAUCAGAUUAUGUUGUCGUUGUAGAAAAACGACAAGAAAUACGUGAGAAGUCAACAGUUGUCGUUUAA